UAUACAUACUGAAUCGAAGCAGUUGCCUUAAUACGGAAAGACGUUUGUCGAAAAAGAUAAUUUGUGUUAUUAGAGUUACUGUCAUGCGCUCAUUCGGGACUGUUUAUAAAGAAAUACACACAUAAAUACAACCAGAUUGAAGAAGUCUAUGUGGCUGUGUGCUGACACUCAGUAAUUUUUCUUCAGUAGUUCAACGGAGUAUUUUUUUGAAGUGAGCGGCGUAUUUCUUUCAUUAGGAUCCAUUUGAUACUAUCUGUUAGGCAACCCGAAUUUCCAGUUGAAUUUUUGUGCUUUGCAACCUGGACGUCCUUCUGUUCGUAUACUUUUAAGGCGUGUGUUAUUUUUGUUAUAUUAAGGGCAUACAGCUGUUUUGAGUUAAAGAGAACUUGGGUUUUGACCUUGUGACAUAUCUCCGAAAGUGAAUAGUUCCAGUUGAUCGUCAGGAGACUUGUUAAUUCAAAUAUAGUUGCAAGUAGCCUUAAGAAGAUAUCUUUUCCUGUUGCAGUCCUCUGCGAUGGCUGAUUCUCUGAAGUUUGGACCUGAAUGGCUACGCACGCUGAACCAGUCACUGGCUGCGUCAGCUGCUGCGAGCAAUGCCUGCACGCCGCCUUCCAGCGAGGGCAGCAGUGGGGGUGGGGGCGGGCACGGGCCCUCGACGACGACUGCGGGGGUGGGGGCGGGGCCGACGGUGCCGCGGCCUGCGCUUACCCUCGCUCGGCACCGGUACGGCCGCGAGGAGAUGUUGGCCCUGUUCGACCCGGGCCUUCCGCCCCCACCUCCAUCGCCAGCUGCCCUUGCCGUGCUCUUUGUGGAGCGCGCUCAGCCACCUCUUGCUCUGGUGCAGAUGUCGGAUGAUGAAACACGGGUGUGGAACCGAGGCGUGAAUAGCGACGCAGUCCUGAGGAUGUCGAAGAGCACCGGUGCCGGUGGCCCCUCUGGUCAGCCGACUUCGGGGCCGGGCGGAGCGGGUGGGAGGGGAGGCGGCCUCGGCGUGACGGGUGGACCUGGAGGCCUCCGGGGACAGUCGCGCAGCCUCGGCAUCCCGGGCAGGGGCGCUGGCAGUGGGCCCGGCCCUGGCGUGCUGUCUGGCUCCGCCCCCUUCUACCGGUAUGACGACUCGAGUGCUGCCGGCGGUGACAGUGGUGGGGACGGCAUCCGCGGUGGCAGCAUCGGCUCCCUCAGGCCGGGCCGACCGUUUGUCAGGAUGCAGCAGAGUUCGGAGCGCAACUGGUCGGAUCGUAACGGCACGGACCACGAGUGGGGCGGGGGUUCCGGACCGGGCAGCUCCGCCCUCGGCACCAGCCCCCGCAAGGACUUCGGGCGCGGCUUCGACAGCUGGCGGAGGCAGGGGCGCAACACGGUCAACUCCGAGCAGGAUGACGACCCGCCGGCUCCUGGAGGUUGGAGGAGCUCUACCACCAAGUGGAGUGCAGGUCGCACCGGUGGCAAUAGUUGGCGCUCGGACUCGGAACCUAACAAGGACACGGGCGGCUGGUCGGUCCCACGCAGUAACAGCAACUCGUGGGGCGACGACCACGUAUCGUCCCGCGGUCCCCACCCGCACGUGCACAGGCCUUGGGAUCCACAGCCGCACGCGCACACUCACCCUGCGGCGCAUGGGACGGAUAGUGACUCCGUGUCCGGGCCACUGCCCGAAUGGGCGACAGAGACGCCGACCGAGUCGAGGGGUAGCUUUGACGCUUCUGGGGCGUUCCACGGAGGAACUCCCCUGUCUGAUGACGAGUUCUUGUCGUCGCAGGACGGUAGUGGAGGUCACAGUACUGCUCGUGGACAACGCCAUUCUGCUCUGUCGGGAGAUCCCGGCAAGAGGGCCGGGUCACCACUCACGCAGCGUGACACUGUCCCACCGGGAGUGUCGCGGUCGGCAUCACAGAACGGUAUUGGAGACCCGGCAGAACGGCACAUUCGACCAAUGCAGGAGGUGACCAAGAGUGCUUCUACUGGCAGCGAUUCGCCGAGGAGUGUAACAUCGAGGAGCACAGAUCGAUCCGGUGGCACCGAGGAUGUCGAGUCGCGUCGUACUGCCACGGAAAAGCAGACACCCCCGCCACCGCCGGCACCUUCGAUCGCCCCGUCUGACAGGGGCAGGGAGAGGGAGAGGAGCUCGAGCAGGCCCGACGAGGAGAUGGAGCGGAUGCGCGAGGUGGCGGACGACCUGGUGGCGAAGCUCAUGGAGGACGAGGACCACCGUACGGGCGUGCCCCCACCCGCGUCCGUCCCGCCCGGCAGUGACAAGUGGUACUACCGUGACCCGCAGGGGGAUGUCCAGGGACCAUUCUCAUCGAGUGAGAUGCUGGACUGGUUCCGUUCGGGAUACUUCAACCUGACGCUGCUGGUGCGGCGAGCGUGUGACGAGCGCUACUCGUCCCUAGGAGACAUCAUUAAGCUGUGGGGGAGGCUGCCUUUCACGCCCGGUGGACCACCCGUGCCUCCUAUUAAGGCAGACGCAAUCCCUCCCGUCUCUUCCGUUUCUGUGCCGCCGCUGGUGCCUGCGGCGCCACCACCUACGUCCGACAUCCUUUCGGAUAGCCACGGCCAUAAUCUGCUGAUGCAACAGUAUCAGUACCAGUACACCAUGCUGCAGAGACAGCUGCUUCUGGGGCAGCAGGCGGCGGUGCACGCGGCAGCCCAGGCGGCUAUCGGCGAGCUGUCCCAGUCGGACCGCUGGGCCACACUCUCCCCCAUCGAGCAGAGGCGGCUGGUGACAGAGCGGCUGGCACUGCAGCAGAUGCUGGGUGUGCCGCCGUUGGUGCCCCCCGUGUCGGUGCCUCCGCCGUCCAUUGUGGACCUCUUCUCGGUGGCCGCGGCGCAACAGCAGCCGGGACCGCAGCCCGCGCAGCAGCCGCCGCCCCCACCCCCGUCCGCGCAACCCCAGCCCGUGUCCGCGACCAACCCCGUUGCCCAGCUCAUCUCCCAGAUGCAGAUGGGAGCAGUAGCUGCCGCCGUUGCCCCGAAAGAACACCAACCGCCGCCCCCGCCACCGCACGCCCUGGUGGAUCCGCUGCAGCAGCUGAUCCAGCAGAUGAGUGGCGGCCUGCCGUCGGUGUCGUCGGCCCCCAGUGUCCCACCUCCCGGCGGCCAACCGCUCGGAGGUGGCAUAGGACUCGAUUCGGACGGUCCCGGCAGGACUUUGCUGCAGACAUUGAAUGCAGGGAAGCCUCCCGCUAUGCCUCCGCCGCGGCUUCCACCUGUGCAGGUAGACUCCGUGUGGGGUGGCAGCGUGCCUGCCGGCUACAGCUUGGGAGUGGGAACUGCUGCACCCUGGAUGAACGCAGCAGUGACGACGCCCACACCACCCGUCUCGUCGACAUCGUCCGUGCCUCCCGGGCAGCUUCCUUCGUUGCCUAUGUCGCUGUGGGAUUUGGCUCAGCAGCAGGGAAAAGACAUAAAGACGGAGCACCAGGUGCUUGAAGAACAACUCAGGGCUGAAGAAGAAAGGAGACUGGAGGAACAAAGAAAACGCGAGGAGAAUGAAGAAGCUAUGCGGAAGCAAAAAGAGCUGUUGGAAAAGGAGGAGGAAGAGAAGAGAAAACUAAAAGAGAAAGAAGAUGAGGAAAAGAAGAAGAAAAAGCGACAAGAGGAGGAGGAAGAGAAGAAGAAGCGAAAGCAACUGGAGGAGGAAGAUAAGAAGAAGAAAAAACAGCAGGAGGAGGAAGAAAGGAGGCGGAAGAAACAACAGGAAGAGGAGGAGAAGAAGAGAAAGAAACAGCAAGAGGAGGAGGAGAGGCGCAAGAAGAAAGAGGAGGAGCGGAGAUUGCGUGAGCAGGAGGAAGAAGAGAAGCGGCGGAAGAAGGAGCAGGAGGAGGCAGAGCGUCAGCUGAAGGAGGAAGAGGAGAGGGAGAAGAAGAAGAAACAGCAGGAGGCGAAGAAGAUUGAAGAAGCAAUGAAAAAGGAAAAAGAGAAGGCAGCCCAAAAACGGGAAGAAGACAAGAAGCGUAAAGAAGCUGAGAAGGAAAAGAAGAAAAAAGCAGAAGAAGCAAAGAAGAAAGAAGAGGAGGAGAAAAAGAAGCAGGAGGAGGAGGAGCGAACGAGGCAGCGGCGGCAAGAACAACAGGAGAAAGCACUGCGCAAGCUACAGGAACAGCAGGAGAAGGCGCGCCAGGCGGCAGCACUGCGGCCCGCGCCCUGGACUGCCACACCUGCGCCGCCCGCCGCCACUGUACAGCAGCCGCUCACCGAGAUCCAGCGCCAGGAGCGGGAGCGCGAGAGGCAGUUGCAGCUGCAGCAGCAGCAGUUGCAACAACAGCAGCAGCAGCAGCAACAACAACAGCAGCAGCUGCAACAGCAACAGCAGAAUGCGAAUGCAGCGGCACAGAACUCUGCAGGUGCGCAGACUGGCAACGGCAGCAGCGUGUUGGGAGGCCUACAGCUGCGGUGGGCGGAAGUGAAACCGCCGGUGCCCGCCGCAAAGUCGCUGACGGAAAUUCAGCAGGAGGAGCAGGAGAACCUUGCCAAGCAGCAGCUGGAGCGUGAACGGCUGCAGCAGCAGCAACAGCAGCAGCAGGCGGCAGCAGCGCCCGCCGUUGCCACGGCCAGCAUCUGGGGGUCGGCUUCCCAGUCACUGUCCUGGGCUGCUUCUGUCAGUGCCGCCUCACCCUGGGGAAACACCGGUGUCAAUUCCAACUCCACUGGUUCAGGCUUCUGGGAGGACGCGGCCAAAACCUCUGCAGCUGUGCCUAUUUCAAAGAGCCGAUCUGCCACAAACCACAACAACAACAACAUUAUCAACAACAACUCAUCGGGCAACAACAAGAACAGUGGUGGCAGUGCAAACACCACACAGCCGUGGAAAAACCUGCCAGCGAAUACGAAAACGCGCAGCAAGAAAGAGGAGGCCGUGGUCAUGAAGCUGUUCGAGCCUCGCCCUGACGAGUUCACACAGUGGUGUACGGAUGCGCUCGGCUCUCUGAAACACUCCAUAGAUGUGCCAACAUUUGUGGCAUUCCUGCGAGACAUCGAGUCAGCGUACGAAGUGAAGGAUUACGUGCGGGUGUACCUGGGCGAGGGUCGUGAUGCACAGGAGUUCAGCAGGCAAUUCCUCGAGCGCCGCAGCAAGUUGCAGCAGCAGAAGGCCGCGCGGGAUCGCACGCCCGAGGACGACCUCAGCACUCCUGCGCCGGCAAUUACGCCCUCGCAAGAUUUCCACGAGGUUAAGGGGAAAGGGAAGAAAGCGAAGAAGAGUCGAAUGUACAAAGUGGACAGCCGCAUCCUGGGUUUCAGCGUAACUGCCGCUCAAGACAGGCUCAACGUCGGGGAACGGGAUUUCGGAGAUGGAAUGUGAGGGUGCAGGGAGAAAGGAACGAUGUGAAUUACAAUCCUGGUGCCGCAGCUGUGUAACAGGUUGUGCGCUGGCGCGGCUUUCUGCCUACCGCCUAUGCGUACAGUGUCACUCUGUUCACCGAGCUCCGACUGCAGACUUGCAUCACCACGACGAGUGUGCUUUAGUGACCCGGUCUCCUGUUUUUGAGUCUCAGCUUUGUCUGUUGCCGGUGCUUUGCGCCCGAAAUGCGAGUGGACUGUCGGCGGGAAUGCGCGGAAUGUGUCGCGGAUGCCGCUUAUCGUUUUCGGGUACGGGAGAACGAGUACCGCUAUUUGCCGGAAGUCGGAGCUCUGGCGGCAGCUCACCUCCUUCGAAAGGUGCAGAUGUGCCGGAGUGUCGGUCUUUAAUUUAUUAAAUCCUGUCACGACUGACUGAAACAAAAUAGAGUCACUGUGAUUAUUAUUUUUGUUUCUUCCUCCUUCUUUCUUCUUCUCAUUUUUAUUAGACCUUGCUACUUUUCGAUAAUUUUAUUUUUGAAAAAUUUAAAAAGAAAUGCGUGUGUCAUUUCUCAGGCACUACUGGUGUUGUUACUCAGUUACAAAAUUUGGACUGGCAACAGAACUUCAUUUACCUUGGCAUAUUUCAGAGUGAAAACCCAUAGUAUUUCCCUGAGUGUUUCUUUAAAAAAUAAUUGUUGGAUCCCUACUUUCCAAUGAGUCUCCCAAACGAAUUAAAUUUUUUGAAGCAAAUGUUUUACGUGCACAACAGUAUUAUUUGUGUUUUGAAAAUGUUUUUGAGAUUCGUGAAAUGAUAUUUGAAUAUUUUCCAAAAGAUUGUCAAAAGAGAGUAGGUUGCAUUCGAUAGUCUGUAAUUCAUUUUUCUUGGGCAGGUGUUGAAAUGCAGUUUUGUGCCUUUUAAGUGUGUGAUGGUUGAGAGAUUUCCUGUUGAAGAGUGAUUAUGACUGUGUAUAAAAUUUGACACUUAAGUUGGUUUUGUUAUCAGCCAUUUUAUCAGAGCAGACAAAUAUUAGGAAGAAAAAAAGAGAGAGAAAUAAAAAGUAAACGUAUUCUGAAUUAAUUUUUUUUUUUUCCUCUCAGGUAUAAAUGCUGCGAAUAUGUGGCACUGAUCCUGUAAUGUUACUCACUGCAAAAAAAAAAAAUAAAAAAAAAUCACAUGAUAUUGACUUAACUGCCUGUGAAUGUAUUCUUUGCCAACAUUAUUCUUACUAGGCAAAUAUUUAUAGAGAACAUGUUGUUAAUGCAAAUAAAUUGAUAUAAUCGUUAAUGAAAGAGAGAUAUGCCGCUUGUCUCUUACCUAACAAAAUUGCCUGUUCCUACCUUACUUAGACAUUGCUGUCAUGAAAUAUGCAGUUGUAUUCCUUAUAUCAGUGACAGGAUUACAAAUGAUCUGUCAUUGGGAUCAUUGCUUGAAAUACCUUAUUCUGUGCAAUUUUCAGAUUUGACAGAAAUGAAACAAUUAUUUUAUUUUUCUUUUUUCCGUUGAAUUGAUGCAGAAUGAUUGUCUAAAAUUUUUGCAGUAUGAGGCAUCAAUGUAACCUCAUCUGAUUGCCCUGUUCUGUGAUUGUGAUGCCAUAAAUAUUUUCCUGGCACUGUGAA